UCUAUCUAGAUUGUUUUAAAUUUUGCAAUGAUUGAGUGAAAGUGGGCUACAAUAGAACAUGCAAAAUUAGCAAAAAGUUAAAAUGAAAUUUGGAGCACACCACGCGGGAAUACCACUACUCCCUCUUCACCUUUUACAAACACUACAUUUUCUCUCACAUCACCUUUGCCCCCUCUCUCUCUCCUCUCUCUCUCUCUCUCUCUCUCUCUCUCUCUCUCUCUUCACUUGUAUUUCCUCUCUCUAGACUCUAAUGCCCAUUUAGUUGCUUUCUUUCACAAUUUUCUCAAGUACUGAAAAAUGGGCUGCUGUUUCAGUAGCACCGGAGAUCGCCAUCCCGAGACGGAGCACCGCCAUUCCAGCGGCGGAGGGCAUUCCAAGUCGCCGCCGCCGUCUGCAUUAGAAGAAGAAACUGUAAAGGAAGUGCUGUUGUUGGAGACACCCAUUAUUGCUCCCAAGCUGGUUGACGAACGAAUUAAAGAAGCGCCGCCGGGGAAUCAGGAUUGGAAGGUGGAAUCUGGACCGGCGGCGGUGGCGAUUACCGCCGAUAUUCCAUUGAAGAAAGGUAACGAAGAAAUUAUAAUUUCCGAGGUUUCUGAGGUGUCGGAAAUGUGUAGUUACAGUGAGAGCUUCUCCAAUGCGACGACGGCGGCGCAGGAUAAGAGAGAGGACGACGACGACGGCGUGGUCAACCAGAGGCCGCCGUUGAGGAAACGGCGAGCGCCGCCCACCGGAGGAAAGGGGAGGGGCGGCGUCGCUAGAAGAGGUGCGGCGGCGGCGCCUUCGCCGGAGAAGAGGGGUCAGGUGGUGCCGUUGAGGCCAGUUCGCGGAAGGUCAAUGGCAGGGCAGCCAAGGAAUGUGGCGGAGGAAAAUGGCCGGAGGAGAGACCCGGGGGAGGAUUCCGGUAGGAGGUUGAGGUCUCCGGUGAGGCGGGAGGAGGUAGGUGAGCGGCGGAAUGUGAACGAUGAGAAGCGUCCGAUGGCUACAAGGGAACCCCCAAACGACGUCGUACCGGCGGAGGAAGCCGAGUCGCUUGAGAACCCUGUUGUCUCUUUAGAGUGCUUUAUCUUUUUGUGAGGGAUUUUUUCCCCUAGUUUAUUGUGCCAAACGAUGUCGUUUAAGAGUUUCUAUUCUUUUUUUUUUUCCCCCUUUUCUUGUGUGUAAUUGUGUGUGUAUAUUCUCACUAACAAUUUAGUUACGGAGAAACAAACUACGUGAUUACCAUUUUGAAUAUUUUUA